AUGCCUCAGGACAUGCCCCCCGUGGGCGGCUACGACGCCGUCCAGUACAAGCGCAAUGGCAUGAAUGGGGUCGGGAAGUCGCAAACCUCGAGAGAGCCGAAUCAGGAUCGGCCAUUGCCAAUGAAAGAGGAGGACCACAAUCGACUGCUGGACUUGAUGGAUUUCCUGGUUCCCUGCAGUGUUGUUCAAAACCAAGUGUACGAGGACGACUUUGCUGACUUGCACCACCCGCCACAGCGCAACCUGCCCGCACGAGGCUUCAAGCCCGCCACACUCCUCGCCCUCUGCGGCGGCGUGGUGCUCUACGGAUGGUACCAGUUCGGCAAGGGCGCAAGAGAACAACGCGAGCUCGCCCGCGAGAAGAUGUGGGCCCGCAUCCACCUGAUCCCCGCCCUCCAGGCCGAGGAGGACCGCGACCAGGUGCGCCGCUACCUGGCCGACCAGCAGCGCGAGCGCGACCUCAUGGGCGGCGAGAACUUCAAGGUCUACAACAACGAGAGGUUCGUCAAGCCCACCUUCGCCGUCACGCCCGAGAAGACGAAGUAG